CUGUCGCCCCUCAAAGAAAAAACAUGUCUGCUCUCUGCUACCAACUGUCGGCAAAGAGAGCCUGGCCGGAGCGAGCGACGGCACAGACAUCGCGGUCGCGGACGGCGGCAGCGGCGAUGGGAAGCCCGCUGGGCAGCUGGCCGAGCCACAACCCGCAGAACUUCAGCCAGCUCGUCCCGGCCGAUCCCUCCGCCCAGCCCACGAAUGUCUCACCAACAACAUACAUUGCAGCACAUAGGACAGAUCCACCUCCCGAUCAAGUGAUCACGACGGAGCCCAGGAACAUCCUGUUGAGGCAUUUCUACCAGAACUCGGAGAACAAGCCGAGGCCGAAGAGGGCCGCCCCGGAGAGUGCUGCCCUGUGUUUGUGUAGGUAAUAAUAAUGUGGCCUGGCCGCACCAGCACACCAACUUGUACUCGCUCGUGGUGCCUGCUUUGUAUUGGAUUGGAUGAUUUCCCUGUUUUGGCGACUGAAUGGAUAACUGAUGUGA